ACAUUGGGGAGGGGAGUGUGUUGCACCCUGCACGUGACGGCAUGUCACCUCCUGCUGCCGCGUGACGUGACGAUAUACCAGGAAGCUGCCGAUCUGCGCGCCAGCGCUCACUGAGAUCCGAGGGAAAAACAGGAGGAUCCCGAGGAAAACCCUUGCUGCUGUAAAGCCCCUACCGACGAUACACGAACUGGACAAUGUUCGAGCCUUGAAGGAACUUGACACCGCCAUCAACUCACUAGCCAGCGGCAAGUCCCCGGGAAAGGACGGCAUCACACCUGAGAUAUUAGGGGCUGAACAGGCAUGGCAUUGGCUAAAGAAGAGAUUGAAGGAUGUGGAGGUGGUCGGACCUGCUGAUGACUGGUACCGGGAGUGUCAAGAUUGGCCUCAGUGGAGGAGGCCCGUGAGCUGACGCUUCUUCUGACGCUUCCUCUGCAGAAUUGGUCUGAUGGAGCAAAGGCACUCAGCGCAGCUCGGUAAAAAGCAAAAACAAUGGGACCAGAAUGCAAACAGCAUGGAUUGUACUGGAAGUGUGAUACGGCACCAGAGAACUCAAAGAGGAGAGAAAACCUUCAAGUGCACUGUGUGUGAAAAGGCAUUUGCAUGGUCAUCAGUUCUUCAAAAACACCAGAGAAUACACACAGGAGAGAAACCCUUCAGGUGUAGUGCGUGUGGGAAGGCAUUUUCAGAUUCAUCUGUUCUUAAAAGACACCAGAAAACACACACAGGAGAGAAACCUUUCAGGUGUAGUGUGUGUGAGAAGGCAUAUUCAGAUUCAUCUGGCCUUAAAAAACACAAGAGAACACACACUGGAGAGAAACCCUUCAAGUGCACUGUGUGUGCGAAAGCAUUUUCACAGUCAACACAUCUUAAAAUACAUCAGAGAACGCACACAGGAGAGAAAGCCUUCAAGUGCACUGUGUGUGAGAAGGCAUUUUCAGAAUCAUCUGCCCUUAAAAGACACCAGAGAAUCCACACAGGAGAGAAACCUUUCAGGUGUAAUGUGUGUGGGAAGGCAUAUUCAGAAUCAUCUGCCCUUAAAAAACACGAGAGAACACACACUGGAGAUAAACCCUUCAAGUGCAGUGUGUGUGAGAAGAUAUUUUUGGGUUUAUUGCUUCUUAAACGACACCAGAGAACACACAUGGGAGAGAAACCCUUCAGGUGCCUUUUGUGCGAUAAAGCGUUUGCAAAGUCAUCAGUUCUUAAAGAACACCAGACAAUACACACAGGAAAGAAAGCCUUCAAGUGCAGUGUGUGUGAGAAGGCAUUUGCACAGUCAUCACAUCUUCAAAAACACCAUAGAACACACACAGGAGAGAAACCUUUUAGGUGCACGCUGUGCGGCAAGGCGUGUUCACAGUUAUCAAAUCUUCAUAGACACCAGAGAACACACAGGCAUCAGAAGAUCCCCAAGGAGUGUAGUCUGAAAUCGACUUGUGAAAGUCAAAGUGCUGCAAUGAGCCCAUCCCUACUGAAAAAAGAACCAGAAGUAAAUUCCAGCUUGGACACUAUGAAAUGUAUCGAGGUGAAAUUUGAAGACGUGAAGGUGAAAUGUGAAGAAGUGAUGGUGAAGAGCGAAGAAGUGAAGGUAAAAUGUGAAGAUGAAGAUUCAACUCCAAAAUCAGACCUUCACAUUCAUGGAGGCAACGUGAAGCAGGAGGAGAAUUCGGACUGUGAGGCAGAGCGAGGCAACGCCCAGCAGUUUGUGGAAGUGGAGGUAUGGGUGGACUUCCUCGACAAUAUAAAUUCAAAUGGAGACCCUGUAGAUGUGGACUCUUGAGACAAUGAAGCUCCAAUAGAUUCACGUUUGUCACAGGCCUUUAAUAAAAAUAACGUGACGUUGAAUUGCAUAAACUUACCAAUGAAUUAAUUGAUGAAACACUAAUCAUUUAUAAGCAUCUAUGUUACGAAUCUACACACUCACAGGAAUACUAUUGUGUUGAGAUUUUUCUUUUGAUCACAGAAUCUUGCCCGCAAAUUCAUUGAUGUCUCAAUCGCCAAUUGAUAAGCAUCUGUUAGCCAAAUAGGCACACUAGCACUCACACUAUUGUUUCAGGACAUUUCGUUAUUUGCAUAAUCUUACAAAUUAAUUCAUUGGUGUCUACUUUUGCCAUUGGGCACAUGUUUCUUUAGCAUGUUUCGUAUGAGUAGUAUACAUUUUUACGGACUUUUCCUAUCGCCGUGUAUGGUCGCUCUACUCGGAGGAGUUAGCUGAUUGUUGUGUUACUCAGUUUUAACAAACGUAACCAUUGACAGUUAAUUGUACGGAUCAAUGAGUAGGACAGCUUCAGGAGUACGGUAUUGGCGAUUCUGAUCAUAAGUGUUAGUGUUUUUAGAUAUUAAAGUUGCUUAACAUA